GCCCGUGUAUUGUUUCCCCGAAACAUGAGGGCAUUCUAUCAUCGUCGAGUGGGUAAUGGCGAAUUCUGCGCUCUUCUUCCUGGCAAUUUCGUCGCCCACAAGCUCCAAUAUCGGAGCCGAUGCACUCCGCCGUCGUCUCGAGUCCAGUUCUUGGUCUCCCGGCCCGCGGAGGGCCGGGGGCAGUGCGAUCGUCCGUGUCAGAUGCGAGAAGAGGGACGAUGCGUUCUUUAUGAGGAGGUGCGUGGAAUUGGCGAGGAAGGCGGUCGGGUGCACCUCUCCCAACCCCAUGGUGGGCUGCGUCGUCGUCAAGGAUGGGGAGAUCGUCGGUCGAGGAUUUCACCCCAAAGCUGGCCAGCCGCACGCUGAGGUUUUUGCCCUAAAAGAUGCUGGAAUUUUGGCUGAGAACGCAACAGCAUAUGUGAGCCUCGAACCUUGCAACCAUCAUGGGAGGACUCCUCCUUGCACUGAAGCUCUCAUUCGUGCAAAAGUGAAGCAAGUGGUUGUUGGGAUGGUUGAUCCAAAUCCCAUUGUAGCUUCAAAAGGAGUUGAUAGGCUCAGAGAUUCUGGCAUUGAUGUUAUUGUUGGUGUGGAAGAAAUGUUGUGCCAGAAACUUAAUGAGGCUUAUAUUCAUCGAAUCAUUACAGGGAGGCCUUUUGUUACUUUAAGAUAUACUCUCUCAUUUAACGGAAUGAUUAUGACACAACUUGGAAAAGGUGCAGAAGGACGAGGCGGAUAUUACUCGCAGUUACUGCAGGAAUAUGAUGGGAUUUUAAUUCCUAAUGACUUGUUGUCCAAAAUUUCCACUUUACCAACAUCUUAUGAGAUUGGCGCUAAUCAACCAUUUCAUAUUGUGAUUGCAAAGGGUUCAGGUUAUUCAUUAUGCCUUCCAAGACUGACAGCAGGUUCUGCAGCAAAGAUAAUAGUUCUGGCAGAGAGACACAUAAAAGUGGAGCCUGAAGUGGAAGGCAUUGAGAUGGUGGUUCUUGAACAAAUUACCUUAAGUUCAAUUCUAGAUUACUGUGGACGUCGUGGACUGUGUAGCAUUUUGUUGGAUUUCGCAAGGGGUAGCGAAUGUCUCUCGAAGCUUCUGGAAGAUGCUGUUAGUGAACACUUGAUACAGAAGGUUCUUAUGGAGAUUUGCCCAUUUUGGAACAUAGGAGAAAAGACCUCAGAAUUGGAAUUUAGCUAUGAUUCAUUGAGACUAAAGAACUUAGAAUCAAGGAUCUCAAAUGAGAGUGUUUUGGUUGAAGGUUACUUGUAGUAGUUUUCUAGUUGGUCAUUGAAAUUUCUUUUUAACUGCAUGGAGCCUGAACAAUUUUGCUCAAGUUUUUCUACUCUCCGAUGCUGCCUCCAGCUUCACCAGUUGCAAGAAAAGCAACUAGUCGCAUGAAGAUUUUACAGGAAGAUUGUACACUUAAAUCAUACAGUGAUCACUGAAUCUAUUUGCAUAAUUGUUUGAUGGUUA